CUGAGUGGCACCAGGGUUCAGUGUGCCAAGAAGAUUUGGGGGGCAGAAGGUUGAUGCCCCCGGCGCCUGCUGUGCGCUUUGGGGAGGACCUAGCGAGGGGCGGGCCAGCGCGCUCAGGAUGUGCCCAGCGACGGCCAAUGCCGAAGCCGGUGUAAGACCUACGAAGCCCGGCGGCGGCAGCCGGGAAGGAUCCUGCGCGCAGUGGGAGUGGCCCAGGCGCCGUGUCUGUGGCUGAGCCGCCUGCCGCUCCUGCUACAUCUUGGGGGCGUUGUGGGGUGUGGGUAGGCGCUUUCCUCCUCUCUCCCUCUCUUGGAUGCUGUGUGGUCCUUUCGGUGGGAGAUGCUUUUUUGGCUCAAAGAAGAAGAGAUGUCGUAUCAGGAGCUGAGCCAGCGGCUGGCUACGGUCAUCACCCAUGUGGAUGAAAUCAUGCAACAGGAGAUCAGGCCUCUUGUUGCCGUGGAUAUCAUAGAACAGCUUCACCGGCAGUUUGCUAUCCUGUCAGGAGGAAGGGGGGAAGAUGGUGCACCCAUCAUAACCUUCCCCGAGUACGCAGGUUUCAGCGAGAUCCCGGAUGAAGAUUUUCUGAACGUCGUGACGUAUUUAACUAGCAUCCCCAGUCUGGAGGCUGCCAGCAUCGGGUUCAUCAUCAUCAUAGACAGACGGCGGGACAAAUGGAGUGCAGUAAAGGCGUCCCUCACACGGAUAGCAGGCGCAUUUCCCGGGAACCUGCAGUUGGUCUUCGUCCUGCGGCCGUCCCGUUUCAUCCAAAGGGCAAUCGCUGACAUUGGCAUCAAACUCUAUCGCGAUGACUUUAAAAUGAAGGUACCGAUCAUCAUGUUAAAUUCGGUUUCCGACCUACAUGGUUACAUCGACAAAAGUCAGCUUACCCGGGAGCUAGGGGGAACCUUGGAAUAUGGACACAGUCAGUGGAUACAUCAUCGGACUGCCAUUGAGAAUUUCGCCAUGACUGUGAAAACAAUAGCGCAGAUGUUGCAGACCUUUGGAACGGACUUGGCGGAGACGGAACUUCCCAACGAUGUGCAAUGUACGGAGGAGCUCCUGUCUUCGCACACAGAGCAGCACAACAAGCUGAAGGAUGAGCUGAAACUUGCAGUGAAACAAGGGGCCACGCUUUUGACUUGCAUCAGAGAGCCUGUCACUCGAAGUGCCACCAGCAAACUGAGCCCAGACGAGCUUGAAAACGUGGCAACCGUGGAAAGGUUGCUAGCUCAGCUGGAUGAAACAGAGAGAGCAUUUGAUCAGUUCUGGUCCAAACACCACCUAAAACUUGAACAGUGCUUGCAGCUCCGACACUUUGAGCAGGAUUUCAGAGAGGUCAAACUGGCCCUGGACAACCUGAUGGAAGCGCAGGCAGGAUUCACAGAUAUUGGAGACAGUGUCUCCCGCGUGGAGAACAUUCUAAAGGAGUGGAAGCAAUUAGAAGAGAGAGGACAGGAGCCAUUGGAAAAAGCCCAGUCCUUAGCGCUCCAUGGAGACCAGCUGAUCCAAAACAACCAUUAUGCAAUUGACUCCAUUAGACCAAAGUGUGUUGAACUCAGGCGCAUCUGCGAUGAUUUUGCCAACGAGACCAAGAAAAAAUACGACAUUUUAGGGAAGUCGCUGGAAUUGCACAAACAAUUAGAUAAGGCAAGCCAAUGGUGUGAAGCUGGGAUCUACCUCUUAGCUUCCCAAGCUGUCGACAAGUGUCAGUCACAAGAGGGAGCUGAAACGGCACUUGGUGACAUCGAGAGAUUCCUGGAAACCGCCAAGGACCACCAGCUGUUGACUGCAAAGGAGUUCUACAAUCAGUUUGAUACAAUUCUGACACCAGAGAUAAAGAGCAAUGCCCAAAAAGUUCUACAAAAGCUGGAAGAUGUGCAAGAAAUGUUUGACAAGAGGCAAGUGAGCCUGAAGAAGCUGGCAGCCAAGCAGACCCGCCCAGUGCAGCCCGUUGCCCCACAUCCUGAGUCGUCGCCAAAGCGAGUGUCACCCAAAAGCAUCCGGCCAGCCACAUUAGCUGCCAACAGGAAAUCAGUCGAAAUUUCUAGUCCUCCCAAAUCCAUCUCUGAAGCAGACUUGUCAAAAAAGAAAAGUGUAAAGAAGAUGAAAGGUGGAAUUAAGAUUGAAGUAAUGCAUGAAGCAAGUCAGGGAGGUUCCAGCAGAGUCUUAGUGAUGAGUGAAAGUGAAGAAAAUCUUUCCACCAGGAGGAGCCAUAUAAUAAAUGAACUGAUAGAAACAGAACGGGUUUAUGCAGAGGAACUUCAAAGCAUAAUAGAGGGCUAUGUAUCUGAAAUGGACAAUCCUGAUUUAAUUCACUUGAUCCCAACGGCAGUGUCAAACAAGAAAGAAGUUCUUUUUGGAAACCUCUCAGAGAUUUAUGAAUUCCACAACAGAAUCUUCCUCAAAGAGCUGGAAAGCUGCAUUGAAAACCCAGAGCUUCUUGGUCGGUGUUUUUUAAAAAGAAAAGAAGACCUCCAGAUAUAUGAGAAAUAUUGUCAAAACAAGCCACGGUCGGAAGCUCUCUGGAGACAAUGUGGAGACAGCCUCUUCUUUCAGGAGUGCCAGCGGAAACUGGACCAAAAACUCUCGCUUGACGCUUAUCUCUUGAAGCCAGUCCAGAGGAUUACCAAGUACCAGCUGCUACUGAAGGAAAUGUUGAAAUGCAGCAAGAAUUCAGAAGGCACGGCUGAACUGGAGGAAGCUCUAGCCACCGUGAUUGAUAUCAUCAAGUCGGCGAAUGACUCCAUGCACCAGAUAGCAAUUACAGGUUAUGAGGGAGAUGUGCACGAGCUUGGGAAACUGCUCCUGCAAGGCUCCUUCAACGUUUGGACGGAUCACAAGAAGGGCCACAACAAAGUGAAAGAUUUAGCCAGGUUCAAGCCAAUGCAAAGGCACCUCUUUCUCUAUGCAAAGAUCCUGUUGUUCUGCAAGAAGCGCGAAGAAAACACCGAUGGCCACGAGAAGUCUCCUUCCUACAGCUUCAAAAAUUCUCUAAAGAUGAGCACGGUUGGUAUUACUGAAAAUGUCAAAGGCGAUAACAAGAAAUUUGAGAUCUGGUACAAUGGCAGAGAAGAAGUCUAUAUUAUUCAGGCUGCUUCCGUGGAACUGAAGAACACCUGGGUUUCUGAGAUUAGAAAGGUCCUGACGGGACAACUGGAAGCAUGCAGAGAGGCAAGCCAACUACACCAAAGAAUCACCGAGAGUGUGUACCAUGCACCCAUGAAUUCAUUCAGCUCCUCCAGGUACGGCAGGAAGUCCAUGAGUUUGUGCGAGAACAGAUCUGAGCUCUCAAGCCUGGAAAUGUCCAACAACCGGGACAGGAACAUCAGCCCCAACGCCAGACAGAGAAGAGGUAGGCAGUGCAGAGACGGAAGAACUCUAAGGCAGAAACCUAGAGGUGAUGGUGCGCAUGCCGUUUCUCUCCGCAAAUUUCCGCAGCAAAUUUCUCCUUUCCCACACCAGCAGUUUGACAAGAGGGCAGAAAUUUGGGGUUCAAAGUGACCUGCAUGAACUGCAGGGUGCCUUCUGGUCCUGAUCCACACUUUGCAGGCAGAACACACGCAGGGAUUUCUGGAAAGACCUUUGAAUGACAACGCAGGGCUCGCCCUCACUUCUGCUUGUCCCAUGCCUAGAAAGCACGGGUCCAAGUGAUUUUCCACUUGACCCGCUCCUUUCCCAGAGAAAACCCACUCUUUGGUGCUAAAUCAGAGCA